UCUAACCUAGUUUAAAACUGUCAAGUACAUUUGAAUUAUUUACAAUAAUUCAUAAUUAAAAUGAAAAAAUUCAAAUAAUUUAACUCAAUAAAAUUAUAUUUUAUGAAAAUUCAUUGAGUGAAAAUCAUUAGUUCAAUUUUCAUCAAGUUUUUAGAGAAUCCAGUUCAUUAUCUCUUCUUUCAAUUAAUUGUUCCCUGAAUUAAUAAAUUGACGCGGUCUCGUCUUGUUCAAAUGAUAUUUUGAUUUGAUAAAAAAAUCAAAUAUUCGUGACCCAAAAAUGUCAUACAAUAAUUCGUUAUCAAAAAUUUUAAAUUUUCUGUCCAUCGCAGUCAAAGACAUUGAAAUUCCUGAAAAUAGUGUCAUUACGUGUUCUAUUUCUGAAGGUUUAUUAGGAAGUCAACCGGAAGUUACGCAGUCUGCGGAGAACAUCUGUGGAAAUGAGAAUUCAAAAUUUAGUGACGAAAUGUCUUACAAAGUUGAAAGUGUAGAAUACAUUUGUCAGGAUUGCGAGCGAUCGUUCAGUUCCGCCAAACUACAUCGAGAGCACGUGCAGGAUUUUCAUAAUAAUAAAGCAGAAAAUUUUGAAAAAGUCAUCAAGACUCGCAAUGACGAGCUUCUGUUGUUCCAACCGGAAUUAAAAACUGAUACAGUUGAAGCUCAACAUGAAAAUGGUGAUCGCAAUUUAUUUUUACCGGAAACGAGUAAAUUAGAGGAUACUAAUGCCAGCGAAAAUCAUUGCGAGGAUGAUAAACGUCUUUGGAACCAGCCUGGGAAUGAUAAAGUACAAGGUGCUGAUACCAGGGGAAAAAAGUUGUAUGAAUGUAACGAUUGUCAAAAUAAAUACUGGAAGCGAAAAUCUUUAGUGACUCAUAUACACAGGAGUCAUAGAUUCAGUGAACCGGAAAAUAGCAAAUCAACGAUUUCUUCUUUAAGUGAAAAAAAAUAUGAGUGCGAUAUCUGUCACUUGAAAUUUUUAAAGCAACAUUCUUUGUUGAGACACACUCGCAAUGAACAUUCUCAAAGUUUACCGGAAGUAAAUCCACCUGAAAAUAUUAAAUUGGAGCUGAUGAGUACGACCGAAGGUCCCCAUGAAUGUGACAUUUGUUUUUCUAGAUUUUGUUCUUCAUAUAGUGUCAGAAGACACAAGUUUAAAAUACACUCGAUCAUUCUGGAUGAUAAUGAUAAAUCAAAGUUUUGUACUACGAGCGAAAAAAAAUUCAAAUGUAAAAUUUGUCGUUCGCAAUUUACUACGAUCUGGAAUCUCAAGAGACACAAGUUGACAGUACACCUGAUCAGCGAGGACAAAAAUAAUGAAUCAAAGUUUGCUUCCAUGAGCGGGAAAAAAUAUGAAUGUUAUAUAUGUCAAGCUCAAUACUCUCAUCAUAGGACUUUGCUGCAUCACAUGAGAAAAAAACAUUCUAUUAGUCAACCUAAAAGUACCGAAUUAAAAUUUUCUACUGUUAACGAUUAACAUUAAUUUGACUAUGAUUUUUGCCAGGCUGGAUACUCUCAUCGUUGGUUUAUGUUAAAACAUAAAAGGGUAAAUAAUCAAUUAAAUCCACGUGAAAAUUAUAAAUAAGAAUUUACGACUAUUGAUAUUUAAUAAUUUAAAGUUUUAUCAAACUGGAUAGUAAAUACCCUGGCGGUUUUGAAUCACCCUGGAAACACCCUGGGAGUGGAAACACGGUGGAAUCACGGUGGAUCCAGGGUGGUUACACGGUGGGUUUGUGCCAUUUUACCACGGUGGUUACAGAGUAUACCCACCCUGAUUCCACGGUGUAUCCACGGUGAUUACGCGGUGUACGUGGAAUCAGAGUGGAUACACCGUGUAACCACCGUGGAAUCACGGUGAUAAAAUGAAAAAAAAAAACCCACCGUCCCGAUGAAAAAAGAUUUUAUACAAUUAUGUAUAGAAUAUAUAUAAUCAUAUAUAGACUAUAUAUAAUUAUAUAUAGACUUUAUAUAAUUAUACAUAGGUUUUAUAUAAUUAUAUAUAGACUAUAUAUAGUUGGAUAGAAAAAAUGGC